AUGACUAACCAGGACAAAACACCCGAGCUCUUGCCUCUCAGCCCACCCGAGCAGUUCUCCUUUCCAUUCGAACCAUAUGAAAUCCAGAAUCGUUUCAUGCGGGCCUUGUUCGACGUUAUCGAACAUCAGAAGGUUGGCAUCUUUGAAAGUCCCACCGGAACGGGCAAAUCCCUUUCCUUAAUCUGCGCUGCCCUCAGUUGGCUCGAAUUGGACCGAAGGAGGGCUACGGAAGGAGCACUGGGCGAAUUAUUUGCGAAGCUCAAGGCUCAAUCUCCACAAGAACCUGAUUGGAUACUGGAACAACAUGUUGAACGCAAGCGGCGUGAGUUGAUAGCUGAAGAAGAUGCCCUGGAACAGCGACUUCAGUACAUUCGUGAUCAGGAAGCAGAAUUGAAAAAGAAGCAAGGAUCAAAUCACCGUCGAUUUCACUUAUCAAAGAAACGCAAAACUGAGAAAGGACAUGAUGACUCUGACGAAGACUUUGCUCCAGAAGCAAUUAAUGAGUCAAUAGAUGAAGUCGGCCCGAGCGGACUCCCACGAAGUGUACAAGAAAUGCUUGAUAGGCACACCGGUAUAAAACCCCAACACGAAGAAGUCGAACUGGAGCCCGACUGUGUCAAGAUUCUUUUCACCUCGCGGACCCAUUCGCAAUUGACUCAGUUCAUCUCAGAAGUCCGUAAGACUUCCUUUCGAGAUAGGGUCCGAGUCAUCGCCCUUGGCUCCCGUGCAAGCUUGUGUAUCAACCAGAGUGUGCGAGACAAAGCCCAAACCCUAGAAGCUAUCAAUGAAGCAUGCAUGGACCUCCAAAAGUCAGAAAAGCGAUGUCCACACCUUCCUCCUUUAGACGAACAGGACAGGAUGAACGACUUUCGUGAUCACGCCUUGGCUCAAAUUCAUGACAUCGAAGAGUUAGCCGAAUUAGGCAAAGUCCGAAAUUGUUGUCCAUACUAUGGAUCCCGUAAAGCGGUGAGAAGAGCUCAAAUUGUCACCCUCCCUUAUAACUUGCUUCUCCAACACUCAUCGCGCGAGGCUCUUGGAAUAUCUCUGGAAAAGAAUGUGGUGAUCGUAGACGAGGCACAUAACUUGAUUGAUUCUGUCUUGGGAAUCCACACUGUAUCAUUAUCCAAUAAUCUGAUAAACCAAAUCCACGAAGCCUUCGAAACUUACGUAAAUAAGUUCAGUCUGAAGCUGAAAGGGACAAACUUGGCCUAUCUGAAACAUUUGCUACGAGUGUUCAACUGCUUGCUCAACUUCUCAAAAAAUUGGUCAAAAAAUAUUCCUCCGAAUAAACUACGACACGAAGAAAUAAUCACGACGAAUACCUUGUUAGAGAAUUCGAGGGUCUUGGACCAGCUUAAUGUUCUUGAACUCGAAAGAUAUCUUCAAGAAAGCAAAAUUAUUAACAAGGUAGCAGGCUAUGCCACCAAAGGCGCAAAACUGGAAGAUAAACGUCGGAACCCACAACAGGGGGAUUCAAAGUGCUCCCGCUCCCGUUCGGCUUUGGUUACUGCAUUCUACAAGAUACAAGCCUUCAUACUAGCCAUGUCGAAUGCAGACCAGGACGGAAGAAUCCUGAUGGUCUCAGAGAGAUCCACUCUAGCCGAUCCGCCCACGGUUACCAUCAAGUACCAACUUCUUGACCCAUCAUCAAGCUUUUCAGACAUCGUUUCACAGGCAAGAUCGAUAGUUCUAGCGGGAGGAACAAUGGCCCCGUUAGACGACUUUCAUUCACAGUUGUUCCCAUUUGUCAGCCCAGACAAGAUCGUGGAUUUUUCAUGCUCGCAUAUCGUUCCCCCCCAACAUUUAUUGGUCAGGGCUGUAUCUAAGGGUCCCAUGGGCACAACCCUUCAGCUAAAGUUCAACACAAAGAAUGACCCCAAGAUGCAAGACGAUUUAGGCCAAUCAGUUGCCAACGUUUGUAACCUCAUUAAGGAUGGUGUCGUCUGUUUCUUCCCUUCCUACACUUCGUUGGAUACAUUAACGGAAAGGUGGAAAAAAACUGGGCUUUGGGCACGCCUAGAAAACAAAAAGAAGAUAUUUGUCGAACCCAAAAGUACGACAGAUGUUGAUAAGAUACUAAAUGGAUACGCUGCAGCCGUAAACCAAUCAACAAGUACCCCCUCCCUCUCAUGCGGAGGAUUGUUGCUUGCUGUCGUCGGUGGGAAACUCUCUGAAGGAAUUAAUUUUGCAAAUAAUCUUUGUCGGGCGGUCAUUGUUAUCGGGAUCCCGUACCCGAACUCUCAGUCGCUUGAAUUGAAAGAACGUGUGAAGUAUGUCGAGAACUUGAAGGGAGCUCAAAAAGAUUCCGGAAAAACCUUCUAUGCUAACUUGGCGUUUAAGGCUGUGAAUCAAUCCAUAGGUCGAGCAAUCAGACAUUCGAAGGAUUGGUCAGCAAUCAUACUUCUGGAUUCCAGGUAUGGAGCGACCGAGAAUGUGAACCGAUUGCCUGAUUGGAUCAAGGCUGGCAUGAAAACUACGGAAGGCUUUGGCUCACUGAUCAAAGAUCUGGCCCAGUUUUAUAAUCAACGAAGACGGGAAGGAUUAUCGACUUGA